CGGACCGCCCACACAAUGAGUAAUGUAUAGAAGUAGAGUCGAUUGGAUUUUUGUUUAAAUUUGUUUAUUAUUAUAGCCCACUAAACCAGACAGAGAAAGAGUCUGGGGAGAGAGAACCUAUCAGAAAGCGGGUGUUGGCGAUACAUGUAUUACGUCAUCAGCAUGCGACUGUUUAAAGUUUAGCCACGAGGAUGUGUUUUUAGCAUUCGACAAGGUGAUUUUCUAUUAGAACAAACCACCAAGAAGCAGACUUGUAUACAAAAGUUGGCCAAGGAAACGUCACCAUGUCGGAUUUCUCCUCGCUUGGCCUGGCCGACUGGCUGAUUAAGCAGUGUAAACAACUAGGAAUAAACAAACCCACUCCUGUCCAGGAGAACUGCAUGCCACCCAUUCUCGAAGGUCGGGACUGUUUGGGCUGCGCCAAGACGGGCAGUGGAAAGACUGCUGCGUUCGUCCUGCCGGUGCUACAGAAACUAUCCCAAGACCCCUACGGUAUCUUCUGCCUGGUCCUCACACCCACCAGGGAGCUGGCAUAUCAGAUCGCAGAGCAGUUCCGGGUCAUUGGCAAGCCCCUGGGCCUGCGGGACUGCAUCGUCGUGGGUGGGAUGGACAUGGUGACGCAGUCCUUGGAGUUGUCGCGGCAACCUCACGUUGUCGUGGCGACACCGGGAAGAUUGGCGGACCACAUCCGUAGCUCCAACACCUUCAGCCUGAAAAGGAUACAGUUUCUGAUCAUGGACGAGGCAGACAGACUGCUGGAGCAGGGCUGUACUGACUUCACCAAGGACCUGGAGGUGAUCCUGGGGGCGCUGCCGGCCAAACGGCAGACACUGCUGUUCAGCGCCACGCUGACCGACACGCUGCAGGAGCUGCAGAGCCUCACCAUGAACAAGCCCUUCUUCUGGGAGAGCAAGUCUGAGACCCGGACGGUGGAAGAGCUGGACCAGCGGUACAUCCUGGCCCCGGAGAAGAUCAAGGAUGCCUACCUAGUCCACCUGAUACAGAACUUCACCGACCAGCACAGCGACUGGUCCAUCAUCAUCUUCUGCAAAACCUGCAAGGACUGCCAGAUCCUGACGAUGAUGCUACGAAAGUUUAACUUCCCCACCAUCUCUCUCCACUCCAUGAUGAAACAGAAAGUUAGAUUCGCUAACCUCUCCAAAUUCAAAGCCAGCGUCUACAAAAUCCUGAUUGCAACAGAUGUUGCUUCCAGGGGGUUGGACAUACCAACAGUCCAGGUGGUCAUCAACCACAACACGCCUGGCUUGCCCAAGAUCUACAUCCACAGAGUGGGCCGGACCGCCAGGGCCGGGAGGAACGGAGUCUCCAUCACUAUGGUGACGCAAUAUGACAUCCACUUGGUCCAUGCAAUCGAGGAACAGACACAGUCGAAGCUAAAGGAAUAUGAGGUGGAGGAGAAAGACGUGUUGAAGAUCCUCACCCAGGUCAACGUGACAAGGCGGGAGUGUGAGAUCAGAUUGGAAGCCACCGACUUUGAUGAGAAGAAAGAGGUCCACAAGAGGAAACAGCUUAUCCUAGAAGGAAAGGACCCAGAGAUGGAGGCCAAGCGGAAGGCAGAGUUGGAGAAGAUCAAGAAGCAUAAGAAGAAGUUCAAGGAGCGGGUCCAGGAGAGUGUGCUGCAGCAGCAGGCGGAGCAGCGGCAGAGGAGCCUUCUGAAGAAGAAGAGACGACUGGAGCAGAAGAAGGCCAAACUGGAAGCUAAAUGAGUGUAGUGCUUAUAAUGGGCAUAAGGGGGAUUGUCCCGUAUGCUACUGUGUAUUGGAAGGGUUCUCCCGUGUACAUAAACACUCAUAAUGCUGACAACUGUAUUCGACCACCUAAGCACCGACAGACUAGCAUAAGGCCCACUGUUAGGGAUUUUACCAUGUCUGUCUAUAAAGACUAGCUCAAUAUGAAGAAUGUUUGCUUCAGUAGAGAGCCAGCAUGGGUGUAAAUAUACAGGAAAACAUUGACUCAACUUGACAAUUCAACCUUUAUUGAUGGAUUCAGUUUGAAACAGAAUCACACAUCGAUUUAACCUCACCAGCAGAAAGGAGGCUAACCCAGAACCUUGUAAAUUAUGUAAAAUAUAAACUCCUUGAUCCAUAACUACCCAGAUUUUUACCUUCAGGCAAAUCAAUAAAGUAUUGUGUAAUCUGCUCUGUCUCCGAUUCCUUCAUGAAUGGUCAUCUCUGAAACCCUUCCAGCAGAAUAUCAAGUUUAUUUGAUUUUAACUAUAAGCAGGUGCAAAUUUAAAAACUCAAAGCAGAGGUGGUUUGUGGCAAAACAGACUGUUCCACACGUUAAUACCUAGCCAGGACUACUAAAGGUCUACAUGAUUGUCACAGUUGAGGCUACGACUAGUGGGUGUACAUUCUCUGCUCAGACAACAUUCUUGAAAGACUUGAAGCCUUGGGACACAACCACAAUCAAUAGGGGAGGGACAUUUACUUAAUUUUAUUUUAAAACAGGACAAGCCCUGUGCUAAGCUGCUGGCAUUAGAAAGCGACAAAUUAAAAACAUGGCCUUAAAGUACAACCAUUGAAUCACAAAGCAGCACACAGUACAUAUAACAUAAGCCAGCAGAACCCAGGUGCGCACAUAUGUAAAGGUGGGCUACCUGGUGAACUACAGGGAGCAAA